CCUCCUCGGCAGCCACAGCCCUGCUUUGCCUCUUUAUUUUUUAAUUAUUGCUGUCAUCCUGCUGGCAAUCGCGCUAGAUUCCUCCAGUUCUCCUCUGGGAACCUCAGGAGAUGUUAAACCCGUCACCAAACAGCAGACGGAAGUCGAGCUGGGUUUCGCUGGGACACGUCACCUAGCUGGGCAGAGCACGGCAAAUCUGCAUCAGCUGGAAGCGCAGCGGGCAGAGUGGUUGUGCACAUCGACCUGGACUGUUUUUAUGCACAAGUAGAAAUGAUCCGUAAUCCCGAAUUAAGAGACAAGCCUUUAGGUGUGCAACAGAAAUACAUCGUCGUUACCUGUAACUAUGAAGCCAGAAAACGUGGAGUUAAGAAAAUGAUGUCUGUCAAGGACGCUAAAGACAAGUGUCCUCAGCUGGUACUGGUUAACGGAGAAGAUCUGACUCCAUACAGGGAAACGUCGUACAAGGUUACAGAGUUGUUGGGGGAAUUUUGUCCACUGGUGGAAAGGCUCGGGUUUGAUGAAAACUUUGUGGAUAUCACCGAGAUUGUAGAGAAAAGACUAAACCAGCUGCAGCAGAGUGGAUGGUCCAGAGUCGGCGUGUCCGGCCACGUGUACAACCACCAAGCUGUCAACUUGCACGACGCAACGCACGUAAGGUUAGUUAUCGGAUCCCAGAUUGCAGAAGAGCUCAGGGGAGCCAUCUACACGAGACUGGGCCUCACCGGCUGUGCAGGAGUGGCCUCCAACAAAUUCUUGUCUAAACUGGUAUCUGGGACCUUUAAACCAAAUCAGCAAACACUUCUACUGCCUGAAAGCUGUCAAGAUCUAAUACGCAGCCUCGAUCACAUCCAGAAAGUGCCUGGCAUUGGCUACAAAACUACCCAACGUCUUGAAAUGCUGGGUGUUAGGAAUGUGUGUGAUCUCCAAGCGUUUCCACCUGCAGUGUUGGAGAAGGAACUGGGUGUUUCUGCUGCUCAACGUAUCCAAAAACUCAGCUACGGAGAAGACGACUCCCCUGUGACUCCAUCGGGCCCUCCUCAGUCGUUUAGCGAUGAAGAUUCCUUUAAAAAAUGCUCGUCAGAAGUGGAAGUUAAAGAGAAAAUUGAAGAACUGCUUCCUAACCUAGUAGCCAGGAUCCACAGGGAUGGCAGACAGCCCCACACGAUCCGACUGACCAUCCGGCAGUUCUCAACCGACAAGUGGUUUAGUCGGGAGAGCCGUCAGUGUGCUCUUCCCCCUCAUCUCAGCCAGAAGUUUGGAAAAGAAAGCAGCAACAUUAUAUCCCCGUUGGUUGAUAUAUUAAUGAAACUCUUUCGGAAGAUGAUAGAUGUAGAUGUGCCAUUUCAUCUUACCCUUUUGAGCGUCUGCUUCUCCAACCUCAAAGAUCUUCCUAGCAGCAAGAAAGGAUCAAUUGGUUUCUAUUUAAAGCAGAUGUCACCACCGUCAGGCUCUGGUAAACGUGUCCGGGAAGUGGAAAAUGUCUCACAAGGUGAGGGAAGUGCUUCUUGGGACCAGAACUGCACCAGCACUACAAAAACUAGGAAACUUUCCGAGGAAAAGCAAAGCAAUGUAAAAAACCCAGGAAUUCCUGACUUCCCCUUUCAUUUGUCUCCUGGUGACAUCGAUCAGGAAGUCUUCAGGGAACUUCCAGAAGAUAUUCAAAAAGAAAUGAUUUCUGAAAACCCAGCAGAGAUCCCUCCUGAGGACAUCCCAGGUGGGCUGUCAGCAUGUUUUAGGGAAGGGGUACCCGGGGGUUCUCCCGAGGGUCACGGAAACCCGGGGACAAGCAGCAGCGUGGAACAACCUGCUGAUGCUCUGAACUUCAUGGGGAGAGACCUGGAAGCUGGAGCUGGCCAGAGUGCUCUGCGGGUGCCUGUCCUGGGUAAAGAUAAGGAGGUCUUUGAAACAGCUUCCGAGGAGAAAACUUCCAGCAGGCAAACAGGAAUUGUAUUUCCUCCUCAUGUUGACACAAAGACUUUUUAUGAACUACCUGCAGAUGUGCAAAAAGAGCUACUAGCUGAAUGGAAGAGCCAGGAACCUGCGUCCAAAACUUCCACAGAUAAACCCCCUGAAAAGCCUAAAACAAAGAAAGGAAGAAGGAAUCCAGAACCGUGUUUAGCACAGUCUAACAGUUUGCUAAGAUACUUUCAAUCUGUUUUGACACCGAUUGCAAAUCUUCUAUUCUAGCACAUUCUGACGCUUCAACUUUUGUUCUUGAUCUUCUGAAGAGUUCAAGGGAAAGUUCACAGCGGGGAAGAGUGUCCUCUCACAAGGAAACAGGAAAUCCCUGUGAUGCUGGGAACUGCUCCCGACGGCCCAGAAUGCUCACACCGAGUUCCUGGAGAAAAUGGGAAUCCCUACAGCAAGCCCUCAGCAAUGAAAGGCCAAGGUGAAGGAUGCUGCGUGAGAACGGAGGAGCUCAAAGCAGACGACGCUCCAAACAAACAUAAGGAAAUCGGAUUUACAGGCCCCGACGACGCACGAGUGUUAAGUCAGAAAGAGCAAAGACGGCCGAGUUCAAACCCAGACGCGGAGGCUCUGUGAAAUCCCGGCUCUGUUUCUUCACUCUGCCUUGGUGGAGCGUGCGCAGCGUGGGCGUACAGCUCUGCACCAGAAACUGGCUUCUCCACUAACUACGGCAGCUCUGACAGUGAGGGAAAACAUUCUAAUGCCUCCUCAAAACAGCGAACGUAAGCUGGGGCAGGACCAGUUACAACCAGCAUAUUAAUAUUUGGAUACGCCCUGGAUUUCUGUAACUCCCAUGAACUUAUGUUUACCAACCUCCUAAGCAGAGCUCUCGCCUCCAUCCUGUAGUAUCUUCUCUCCUAAACUCAGUGCGAGUCGCUAAUCAGGACUCCGAGGCAAGGCUCUGAAAGACACGGUUGCUAGACUAAAAGAAAGGGCACACUUGUGAAAAAAAACUCUAUUUCUAGUUUUUACAACGGAUUGUUGGAACUGGAAAAAGAGGAGGUAAGCCUGGUACAGGCCACUCGGAUCACCAGAUCUAGUCUAGCUUGGAAAAAGCGACACACAGAGCUCAUUGUCUUUUUUGAGCUGAGGUGACAUCAUUCCUAACAAAAUCUAUUCAGCCUUGAACAACCACCUUAAUGCUUCCUUGAACUCCACUGAAAAUAUUUCACCUGACUGAAACAAGGAUCCCUACUGCCUUUCACAACCAGAUCCCACGCCGAUUUCUUUCAGCAAAGCAAACUGUUAAUACUCCUGCCAAUGAAAAAAGAAACUGGCAUUUGUGCUACGUGGUUAAUAAAUAUACCACAUCAAACUGAAAAUGGGAACUAUUACACUUUUGCUCCUAGAAACUGCUAGUGUUCCUUCACAAAAGACAGGCUAGGGACCAGUACUGUUUGUUAACGUGACAAAGAUUUGUAUGAAAAUAAGUAAAAGAUUCUGCCUCCCUGUAGCAAAUGGCAGAAAACACAAUGAUGCUUCUCCUAACUGCAAGGGAUUUGCUACAGAUCUGAGUACAACUGAAAAUGGCUUUGUGCCCGACUGACUAAAACGAACCUUUUUUUCCUCCACAAAAAUAAAAUCAAGCACAUUCCUGUGAAUUCUAAGCAGCCAGACUCCCUCUCCCUCACAUCCACCUGUACUGAAGUAAG